GGGGGAGAGGUAACGGGAACAGAGAGAGAGAAGCAGCCUGGCGAGCUGGUGCCCCUGAAAACAACAGCGGAGCCCACCAUCUGCAGCAGCAGCAGCUCCUCCUCCUGCCCCUGAGCCGAGAGAACAGGCCACAUCCUUGCCGCCCGCAGAAAGCCGCAGCGAUGGGAGUGGAAGGCUGCACCAAGUGCAUCAAAUACCUCCUCUUCGUCUUCAAUUUCGUCUUCUGGCUGGCAGGAGGAAUAAUUCUAGGUGUGGCAUUGUGGCUUCGUCACGAUUCGCAGACCUCAAGUAUCUUGGGAUCGACGCUAGAUGACCAGCCAGCUCCUAGCACAUUCUACGUUGGAAUCUACAUCCUGAUUGCUGUUGGAGCAGUGAUGAUGUUUGUGGGUUUCCUGGGCUGCUAUGGUGCCAUUCAGGAGUCACAGUGCCUUCUUGGAACAUUUUUCACAUGCCUCGUAAUCUUGUUUGCUUGUGAAGUGGCUGCUGGAAUCUGGGGCUUCGUUCAUAAGGACCAGAUUGCCAAAGAUAUCAGACAGUUCUACGACCAAGCGUUACUCCAAGCAAAGUCAACUGACCCUGAGAAAGCAAACAAGGCAAAGGCAGUUGUGAAAACCUUCCACGAAACACUAAAAUGCUGUGGUGCAAACGCCCUGGACAGUACAUUGAACGUCCUUCAACCUGAUCUCUGUAGUCAAAGUGUGAGUUCAGCAUUUACGCAGGACCUAAGCUGUCACAAUAAAAUUGAUGAGCUGUUCUCUGGAAAACUGUACUUGAUUGGCAUUGCCGCCAUUGUGGUGGCUGUGAUCAUGAUCUUUGAGAUGAUCCUAAGCAUGGUGUUGUGCUGCGGCAUCCGAAACAGCUCGGUCUAUUGAGAAGCGGGAGGGCAGAGGCGAAGCAAUGGUGCCGAAGGGAUCCCAAAGUGCCGCUGUCUGACCAGGAGAUACUUCCAACAAAAGACAAAGAAAAUUAUGUAUAUAAAUAUUUCAGAUAUUACCAUAUAGUACUUAUCAUUCUUACUUGGAAAGUCUUCUUUUUGUUUGUUUAAGGGUGGUGGGAGGGGGAGUUUCUGUAUAUUUGUGGCGGAGAUAGUUACACAUCAGUUUGCGUGGUAAAUCAUUCCAGUGGUUCCAGACCUUUAUCAAACAGAGCCUUUCUUUUUCUUCUCUUCCCUCAUCAUUCUUCUUGUGCUACCAACAUGGAAAAAGAGGGUAUCAUGCACACUGCACGGGUGCCACCCCUUUUAUGAGGAAUAUAGACACUUGGUGCAUCCUUAUUCUCUGAAAGAGAUUUAAAAAAAAAACAUACUGAAACCCAUGUCCCCCUUAACAAUCUCUUAUCUUAGUUCAGAAGUAAUCUUGGACACAUUCUCUAAAUCUUUUGAGUGUGUAGGGAUGCAAGAGUCCCUUGGCAUGAAGAUGCACUCAGUCCUGCCAUUUUGUUAUUAGACAGGUGAGUGUGUCUGUAUUUCUGACUGCCACCUUUCCAGUGAAGAGUGGAGAGACCUUUUUUCAUAAAUUGUCCUAAGUCAAAAGUCCAUUGUGUCUCCCAGAGUUCACAAAGUGGCUGUGAUUGAAGGCCAAAUCUCCAAAAGUCCUCAUAAAAAUUUAGAAUCGGGAGCAUUAA